ACUGACGAAACAACAGCGCAAAAUGGAGAAGAAACUUAAUCAGUGCGAUGUCUGCGACAAGUCGUUCUCUGAAAGUACCAAUUUGACGAUACAUCGACGCAUGCACACUGGAGAAAAACCGUUCCCUUGUGAUGUAUGCGAAAAGUCGUUCUCUCAAAGUGGCAAUUUGACAGCACAUCGACGCACACACACUGGUGAAAAACCGUUCCUUUGUGAUGUCUGCGACAAGUCGUUCUCUAAAAGUACCAAUUUGACAACGCAUCGACGCACGCACACUGGUGAAAAACCGUACGCGUGCGAUGUAUGUGAAAAGUCGUUCUCCGAAAGUGGCAAUUUGACGAAACACAAGCAGACUCACACUGGAGAAAAACCGUACGCGUGCGAUGUAUGUGAAAAGUCGUUCUCCGAAAGUAGCCAUUUGACGAAACACAAGCGGACUCACACUGGAGAAAAACCGUACGCGUGUGAUGUAUGCGAAAAGUCGUUCUCUCAAAGUGGCAAUUUGACGAAACACAAGCGGACUCACACUGGAGAAAAACCGUACGCGUGCGAUGUAUGCGAGAAGUCGUUCCCCACAAGUACCGAUUUGACGAUACAUCGACGCAUGCACACUGGAGAAAAACCGUACGCGUGUGAUGUAUGUGAAAAGUCGUUCUCUCAAAGUAGCCAUUUGACGAAACACAAGCGGACUCACACUGGAGAAAAACCGUACGCGUGCGAUGUAUGUGAAAAGUCGUUCUCCGAAAGUAGCAAUUUGACGAUACAUCGACGCAUGCACACUGGAGAAAAACCGUUCCCUUGUGAUGUAUGCGAAAAGUCGUUCUCUAAAAGUGGCAAUUUGACAGUACAUCAACGCAUGCACACUGGAGAAAAACCGUACGCGUGUGAUGUAUGUGAAAAGUCGUUCUCUGAAAGUGGCAGUUUGACGAAACACAAGCGGACUCACACUGGAGAAAAACCGUACGCGUGCGAUGUAUGUGAAAAGUCGUUCUCCGAAAGUAGCCAUUUGACGAGACAUAAGCGGACUCACAUUGGAGAAAAGCCGUACGCUUGCGAUGUAUGCGAGAAGUUGUUCUCCGCAAGUACCGAUUUGACGAUACAUCGACGCAUGCACACUGGAGAAAAACCGUUCCCUUGUGAUGUAUGCGAAAAGUCGUUCUCUAAAAGUAGCAAUUUGACAGCACAUCGACGCAUGCACACUGGAGAAAAACCGUUCCCUUGUGAUGUAUGCGAAAAGUCGUUCUCUCAAAGUGGCAAUUUGACAGCACAUCGACGCACACACACUGGAGAAAAACCGUACGCGUGCGAUGUUUGCGAUAAGUCGUUCUCUGAAAGUGGCACUUUGAUAAGACAUAAGCGUACACACAUGGCACACUGAUCGGAAGUAUCAAAGAUCUAUGAUCCAAUGAACGUAUUAAAAUAAGAUACAUCUUGAUAACAUAUUACCUAUUACGGUCAAUGUGUUAAUU